AUGGCAAGAAUCGGAUACAUUUUCGUGGUGUUAACAGUUAUAGGACAUUUCAACCAGGUUAAGACAUGCGACAAGUGUGUCACCUUCAAAAAACAACCUAAGAAAAUAUGUCCACGGAAUCUGGAUUAUUACGACCUUUCUGUGCAGUAUGCCGAUGUUGAUGCAGGGUGCAAAUUGUGCUGCGUUAAAGAGUGCAUUAAUCUCCCCGCCUGCGUCUCUGUAGCCUUUGACGAGACAACAGGAAAGUGUGAGAUGUCGUCUCAGAUGCUUGAUAAAAGCUCAUCAACGAUGGGAGAAAACUGCGUCUACUACACAUCGGGCCGCACUGAGUCAAAUUAUAUAGCAGCAGCAAUUCUAACUACAAGCUCCAACACAGUGCCCACCACUACUACCAUGACGCCCACCACAACCACUACAACGCCUUCCACAACCACCACGCCCAUAACAACCAACACGCCCAUUACAACUAACACGCCUACCACAACCACCAACCCCAUAACAACCAACACGCCCAUUACAACCGACACGCCCAUAACAACCGAUACACCUACCAGAACCACCACGCCCAUAACAACCAACACGCCUACCACAACUACCGCGCCCAUAACAACCGACACACCUACCACAACCAACACACCCAUAACAACCAACACGCCCAUAACGACCGACACACCUACCACAACCAACACGCCCAUAACAACCAACACGCCCACCACAACCACCACAACGCCCACCACAACCACUACAACGCCCACCACAACCACCACGCCCACCACAACCACUACCACCACGGCACCAGCAACUUUACGUCCCCCGUGCUCCCAGCAGACCUGUUCCUAUCACGGCCAGUAUCUACGGGGGCCCACAGUGGACACGUACUGCCUGUGUAACGGGAACACGCCGGUCCAGAAUUCCUGUUCGUCUGGAGGGAUCUGGUGUCACACUAGGACAAUGUGUGUGCCCCCGGACUUCAACUGCUGA